CUCAGCUGCGCUGACAGCAGGUGGUGUUCUCCGGUGAACCCCUGGGAGAUGGAAAAGCUCAGAGUUUCAUUCCGCUCCGCUCUAGCUGGCAGGAAUCCCAGCAUGUGAAUUGGACAUGAUCACCCAGUUGGAGAAAGAACAACUGUAGACACUGAAUCUUCAGGGAGCUGAAGAGGGGAGUGACCAAAAAUAUCUGUCUAGAUAGGGAGAUUUGAACUGAACCAAAGCAUCAACACCAAUCAGGCUAUUUCUGAAGAACUAGAGUUUUCAGGGUCAGCAAUGGAAAGUCUCCGAAGGAAUACUGCCCAACAUCCUAUGAAUGAAGAAGCCUGUAAAAGUGAGGGCCAGUUGUCAAGGCAGACAAAAUGUCCUACACAGAAGAAAUCUUCUUUUGAGAAAACAGCAAUCAGAAAAGUGUCAAUGACCCUCAAGGAAAUUUUCACUAGGGAGAGAGGCCCUGAAUCCAGUGAAUUUAGUCUGAGCUCAAAACUUAAUACAUGGCAGAAAAUUCCAAAGGGAGCUAUGUCCCCCAUAUCUAGGAAAAACUCCAAAGAUAAUUCAGGCUUAAUUAAACACCAAAAACUCUUUCUGCAAAGGAAACCUUGUAAAUGCAAUGAAUGUGGUAAAGCCUUUAGUUACCAAUCAGACCUUAUUGUCCACAGUAGAAUUCAUGGUGGAGAAAAGCCUUUUGCAUGCAAUGAAUGUGGGAAAACUUUUAGCCGAAGUACACACCUUAUUGAACAUCAAAGAACUCACACUGGAGAGAAACCUUAUGAAUGCAGUGAAUGUGGAAAAGCUUUUAGCCGGAGUACACACCUCAGUCUACAUCAGAGGAUCCAUACUGGAGAAAAACCAUAUGAAUGUAGUGAAUGUGGAAAAGCCUUUAGCCGAAGCACUAACCUUAGUCAGCAUCAGCGAACUCAUACUCAAGAAAAACCUUACAAAUGUAAUGAAUGUGGGAAAGCCUUCAGUGACCGUUCAACCAUAAUUCAGCAUCAACGAAUACACACUGGAGAGAAUCCCUAUGAAUGCAGUGAAUGUGGAAAAGCUUUCAGUUGGAUCUCAUCUCUUACUGAACAUCAGAGAACACACACUGGGGAGAACCCCUAUGAGUGCAGUAACUGUGGGAAAGUAUUCAGUCGGAGCUCAUCCCUUGUUGAACAUCAGAGAAUACACACUGGAGAAAAGCCCCACGAGUGUAGAGAGUGUGGAAAGGGCUUCAGUCGGAGUUCCUCCCUUAUUAUUCACCAGAGAACUCAUACGGGAGAGAAGCCUUACAAGUGUAAUAACUGUGGGAAAGCCUUCAGUCAGAGUUCAUCUCUCAUCAGACAUCAGCAACUUCACACUAAAGAGUAAUAUCUGUGCUUUCCUUAAUGUUAGCACAAGAGCACACAGCAUAAC